AUGGAUUUGGAAGUUAAAGGAGUUGCUGCAUCCCCUCGAAGGCAGGCUCAGCUGUCAUCAAUGGGAAAGAAAUGUCAGGGCUGGAGACCAGAUACACAAGCUACUCACGGUCCUCGCCCACCAGAGGUGCCAUGCCUAGAUCUAGGGAGGCUGGGAGAUUCUGAUGAAGAGGAUGGGGACUCUUACAUACCAUACAGCGGAAGUUAUCCUCAUACAUGCCCUCUAGAUUCAUCUUCAGAUUGGAGAACGUCAUUACAAACACCAUAUGCACAGCAUCAUCAGGCUCAGCAGCAUUCUGUUUUGGAGCAGAAGACAAUACCAGAGAAUCUGCCAUCCCCAACAGAUGGAUAUAAACUGAAGUAUCGUCAGUAUGAAGCAGAUUUGAAGGAAGAAUAUAGGCAGUAUUCUCAGAGAAUUGCAGAAAAGAAAAAAGACCACUUCCAGCAUCCAGAAGCUUCAAUAAAGGGUACACAGCUUCAAGAUAGACAUAAUGAUGAUCUUACAGCUCUUGAUGAGAAAGCUCUCCUGCAACAGUGCUACGCAAGCAAGCCCUAUAAUAUACAGCACAGUAUAAGGAAAUCAGAAGCUGAGGAUGUUGCUGCAGAGAGGAAAAAACAGACUGUAGUAGAACAAGUGAUGUUGGAUCAGUUAUCAAGAGCUGUUAUAAGUGACCCGGAGCAAUCUACACGUGAUGAUGUUUACAAGGAAACUUAUGGACUUCUGGGACUUGGGGCAGCACCAAUGCGUUUUAGAAAAAGAACGUUGCAUGAAACAAAAAUAAGGACCAAAUCAGGAUUAACUGAAAACAUGCUCUCUAACAAAUUACGCUUUGAUAGUAGGAUUAUAUCAAGAAAUGGUCGCGAUGCUUGCAGAGAGUUGAUUGGAUUUUUUUUUGCAUGUGACAAAUCCCUUACUGUGUAUGAAUUUCGACAGUUUGGAAAAAAUAGAACAAAUGCUUUGCCUUUCAUUCAGAAGGGAGUUUAUCAACAUCAACGUGGACAAAAGAAGGGAAAAGCUUAUGAUCUUAGUGACUUCUAUAUUGGAGCUAAUCUAACUUUCCGAAGUGUUGAUCAUAACCUUCCAGAAAGUGUUAAGCAGAGCUCAGUUCUCACCCUUCGUGUCAUAAGUAUUGAUGAAGCAGCUAUGGAUUUUCUAAAAGCAUCUUCUAUGGCAUUCGAGGAAGAGCUUUCCAAGCAAGUGGUUGAUAACAGCAAAGUUUUCAAGAAGAUUCAAGGUAUACUCAGAGAGACACUAAGUAAAAGAGGAGUUCGGGUUAUAACAGGUUUAGGAAAAUAUUUCCGACACGUAGACAAGAACAGAAAUGGUUUUCUCUCUCAGGCAGACUUUAAAGAAGCUCUAAAAGUAUUCCAUUUGGAAAUACCUGAAGGGGACUUUGAAUCUUUAUGGCUUAUUCUUGAUGACAGCAAGAGUGAUAAGGUCGACUAUGGAGAAUUUACUCGUGCUGUAUUUGGAGAAAUGAAUGAAUAUCGGAAAGGAUUUGUAAGAAAAGCUUAUAUGAAAUUAGAUUUCAACAAAACUGGGACUGUGCCUAUGGUAGAUAUCAGAAAAUGUUACUGUGCAAAGAAACAUCCUCUAGUAUUGGCAGGCAAAGCUACAGAAGAAGAAAUUAAAUCGUCAUUUCUAGAAACAUUAGGAGAGUCCUGCAGCAACCCCAAUGAAGUGUCCUAUUCUGAGUUUGAAGAUUACUAUGAAGGACUAAGUAUUGGAAUCAUGGAUGAUGAUGAUUUUGUUAAUAUCUUAAGGAACCCUUGGGGAAUUUAG